GAGUGAGUGAGUGAGUGAGUGAGUGAAUGAGUGAGUGAGGAAGACAGGGAGUGAGUGAGUGAGUGAAUGAGUGAGUGAGUGAGUGAGUGAAUGAGUGAGUGAAUGAGUGAGUGAGGAAGACAGGGAGUGAGUGAGUGAAUGAGUGAGUGAGUAGGGUGAAAGAGUGACUUUUCUGUGUUGUAGCAUCUUCGUCUAGUUCUCCUAGAGUCACUGACUGACUUCAUGCGAUGUGUGAAGUAACUCUCCCUGAAGUACUUAAACUAGGACUUUUUUUUGAAUAGUGCUCUUCCUGUUGUGUUUUCUCCCUACAGAGUUUUAGACUGCUGAUAUUUUGGUCUGUUAUUAAAUAAACCAGCCUCAAUGUAUUUACAGAUACAGACUUCAAAGCACUUUUGUGAGUCUCUCCAGAUAGGGACACCUGUCAAAUGGCGAAGAUGUAAAUGUGAAUAUAUAUGUAAAUGAACAAGAGAGAGAGAGAGAGAAAGAAAGAGAGAGAAACUGGGUGUGGCUUCUUUUGUUUUCAUUCAAAGAGUUUACGAGGAAGUGAAAAUGAAGCGAGUCAAGGGUCUGAUGAGUGCUUUUCCUUUUUGUUCAAACUUUGUGAUGGAACUACCUGAAGUUAUGAAAUCACAGACACAGGAUUCUCCUUUUAAACUCCUACCAGUGAAAACACAUCUGUAAUGACUUUCUAUAAGAGCUGUGGUCAUGAUCCACACACGUGAAUGGAAGAGGGCUUCGACUAAAUGACGUCAGGCGAUGCAUCUCAGCCCAAAUCUGUGGAAUAUUUGACGUAAUUUUGAAGAAUUGUAAAUUUCUGUGAUGUGAUUUCGUGUUCAUUUCUGUGAUCCCAAAAUCUAGUGUGUUUAAAUAUAUACUGCUCAGAAAAAACCACAUCAGAUCUCAAUAGGGGAAAAUAUCAUGCUGGACAUCUAUACUGAUAUGGAUUGGGUAAUGUGUUACACUCUGGUGUUCCAUGGCAAAUGCCAAUAGAGCUCCAUGGUGCCGGGCAGUGAGCACAGAGGACAUUGGGCCCUCAGGCCACUCUCAUGAAGUCUGUUUCUGAUUGUUUGGGCAGAGACAUUCACACCAGUGGCCUGCUGGAGGUCAUUUUGUAGAGCUCUGGCAGUGCUUAUCCUGUUCAUGCUUGUACAAAUGAGCAGAUACCGGUCCUGCUGAUGGGUUAAGGACCUUCUACUGCCCUGUCCAGCUCUCCUAGAGUAACUGCCUGUCUCCUGGAAUCUCCUCCAUGCUCCUGAGACACAGCAAACCUACUGGCAAUGAACAAAAGCCCAACAGCAAUUUGUUAGAUUUUCUGGACAUUUCCAGCAUUUCAUUAAAUUGGCAGUGAGAAGAACCCCAAACCCACAGCAAUGGCUGGAGAGGCUCCCAAAGACAAAUUCAAAGCUGUGUGGUUGAUUCUCUUCAUGCUUGGAUUAGGGACUUUACUGCCAUGGAAUUUCUUCAUGACCGCCACAAUGUACUUCAACCACCGUCUAGCAGACCUUACCCCAGCUAACGUGACCGUAGAAGAGAGUCGAAAUGCUCUGCAAGCCAAAUUCAACAACGCAAUGACACUGUGUGCCAUGAUCCCGCUGUUGAUCUUCACCUGCCUCACCUCUAUCUUACACCAGAGAAUUCCUCAGAAGAUACGGAUUCUGGGUAGCCUGGUGGCCAUCUUGGUGGUGUUUUGUGUAACUGCCCUCUUUGUUAAACUUGCUGUUAAUCCUGUGGCCUUCUUUGUGAUUACUAUGAUAAAGAUAAUAAUUAUUAAUGCAUUUGGAGCUAUACUCCAGGGCAGUCUCUUUGGCAUGGCUGGUGUGUUACCUGAUGGCUACACAACACCCGUCAUGAGCGGUCAGGGUCUGGCUGGAACCUUUGCUGCACUUGCUAUGAUCUUAGCCAUCGCAAGUGGUUCUGAUUUAAUGGACUGCGCUUUUGGCUACUUCAUCACAGCCUGCAUCGUUAUCACCCUCGCCACUGUGUCCUAUAUAAUCCUCCCAAAUCUGGAAUUUUACCGAUACUACAUGGAGAAAAACCAGAAGGAUCCAGCAUUAGAAGAGGAGAAAAAAAUCCAACUGAUUAAAAAUGGAGACAGCAGUGGAGGGAUGAGCACGGGGGGAGAGGUUCGGAAAAAUCUGUCACUUCUGAGCAUCUUUAAGAAGAUCUGGGUGAUGGCGCUGUCUGUCUGCUUCUCUUUCACCGUCACCAUCUGCACUUUUCCCGCCAUCGCCGUGGACAUCACAUCCACUAUUGCUGAUGGAGGGCUUUGGGAGAAGUAUUUCAUCCCUGUGUCUUGUUUCCUGCUCUUUAACCUGUUUGACUGGUCGGGACGGAGUCUGACUGCUGUGUGUUCAUGGCCAGGGAAGGACAGCAAACUGUUGCCAGCGCUUCUGUUAACGCGUCUGAUCUUCAUUCCCCUCUUCAUGCUGUGUAACGUCCAGCCUCGCUACAGAAUGCCCGUCAUCUUCUCCCACGACGCCUGGUUCAUCAUCUUCAUCAUACUCUUCGCUUUCUCCAGCGGCUACCUCUCCAGCCUUUGCAUGUGUUUUUAUUCCAAGUUAGUGGACACGCAUGAGGUAGAGACGGCCGGAGCCAUCAUGACCUUCUUCAUGUCUCUCGGUCUCGCCUUGGGAGCAUCCUUCUCCUUCUUUUUCCGAUGGCUCAUUUGAGGUCAUCUGACAGGAUGUUUAAAAGACUUCAAGUCAUUUAGUGAAGGAUUCCGGGAAAUCCGGGACGAAGCACUUGAACCUGAAUAUCUUGCAUUUUGAAAAUUGAACAUUUUUAUAGUAUUGGUACUUUUUUUUAGCAAACACUACAAUAAUAUACCUCUUACAAUAAUAUAACUGUAUAUUAACACAAACAAAA